CUCUUCGCUGGUUUCUCAUGAGCGCUGUAGAUACGAACUGAGCGCCACAAAAUGCCUCGCAGUGGACUUGCUGCUGGCUCAGCAAGCCCCCGCUCUCCAGUGAGAGAAGCAACUAGCACAAUGUCCCGCUUGUAUCAGCGCUCGUACCCGGUCGUCGACGCUGUCGCGCUGGCGUGCAUUGUAGCUGCGUGGAUACUGAUCCAGAUAUUUGCGACCCCGUUUCAUCGCAUGUUCUCCCUUGACAAUAAAAGUAUCCAGUAUCCCUUCGCUGUUGUGGAGAGAGUUCCAGUCGUUUGGUCUAUCGUUUAUGCUGGAGUCAUUCCGUUCCUCGUUCUCCUCGCCUGGGCGGCCGUGUUCCGUCCCUAUCCUCACAAGGUCCAAGUGACCUUGCUGGGCUUCCUCAUCGCGCUUAUGCUAACGAGCCUUAUUACCGACAUUAUCAAGAACGCCGCUGGACGACCUCGCCCUGAUCUAAUUUCUCGCUGUCUACCAAGGAAAGGGACCCCAAAGGACUUGCUGGUCUCAUGGACGGUGUGUACUCAAACCAACGAGCACAUCCUCCAAGAAGGAUGGAGGAGUUUCCCCAGUGGCCACAGUAGCUUCUCAUUUGGUGGGCUCGGUUAUAUGUCACUGUUCCUUUCCGGUCAAAUGCACGUGUUCAGACCGAGGACCGACCUCUGUCGCUGCCUCGUGGCUUUCGCUCCGCUUCUCUGCGCUUCGUUGGUUGCUAUCUCUCGUCUGGACGACUACCGCCACGAUGUAUAUGAUGUUACUUGUGGAUCGCUACUUGGGUUGAUAAUAGCCUAUUUCUCGUACCGACGCUAUUAUCCAGCCCUUCGGUCAGUAACCUGCGACUGCCCAUAUGGGAGAGACGAUAUCAUCGGACCAGAUGGAUUCUCCAAACUGCCUGGUGAUGAGGAACAGCAGCUUCCGGGCUCUGCAUCUGUUGCGCGUCAGUGGGAUGCUCGGGAGUCAUAUCAACUUGCAGAAUCUACAUCCUCCUAGAGGUAGAUGUCAUUUGCCACAUUUUCACCAUCCUGUUUCUUUCUGUGAUACCCUAGAUUUUUGUGUUGUUGAUGUACCGUUACUUUGG